UCUCUAAUGAGACGUUGCAGUGUCCCUCCUCAGUGGCAAGUCUGUGGGCUAGCCUGAAAAAUUGAGGAAAGUUUUUGGAUCACGGGGGUUUUGUACAGCGGGCAGACCCUCCUCAUUGUCAGGAAGUUAUCAGUUCUCUGUCCAGCUGUGGUUUGCUCAGUCAGAAAGUUAAUGACGGUUGCUGACGGUGACACAUCUGCGCUCAUCAUGCCUGUCCGAGCAGAGUGCUGCAGUGCCACUGGCCCGGCCUGCCCAUCCUCGGCCUCGCUUGUUCCCCCUGCCCCGAUCAACACCAACCAGCCGGGGGUGGCCACGUCGCUGCUGUACAGCGGCUCACAGUUUCGUGGUUAUCAGAAGAGCAAAGGCAACUCUUACGACGUUGAAGUUGUUUUGCAGCAUGUGACUGCGGAGGACUCAUAUUUGUGUGGAUACCUGAAGAUCAAAGGCCUUACUGAGGAGUAUCCCACUCUCACAACGUUCUUUGCUGGAGAAAUUAUCAGUCAAAAAAGGCCUUUUUUAACAAGGAAGUGGGACGCAGAUGAAGAUGUGGACAGAAAGCACUGGGGCAAGUUUAAGCCUUUUUACAAAUAUGCCAAAAACUUCAACUCGGAUGACUUUGACUAUGAAGCGCUGGACAACAGUGAUUAUGUCUUUAUGAGGUGGAAGGAGCAGUUUCUAGUUCCAGACCACACUAUCAAAGACAUUAGCGGUGCCUCCUUCGCUGGCUUCUAUUACAUCUGCUUCCAGAAGUCCACAGCCACUAUCGAGGGGUACUAUUACCAUAGGAGCUCAGAAUGGUACCAGUCUCUAAACCUAAACCAUGUUCGAGAGCACAGUGUGCCCAUUUAUGAAUUUCGGUGACAAACAGACACGCACACGAGGAUUGAGUCAAGGGAGGGGACUGUCCAUACUGCCCUGCGGUUAAAUAGGACGGGAACGACAGAGAGAGCCCUUUAGUGCCAAGACUGGAGCUGGACCAGUUUUCCUCGCUGCAGGGAAAUAAACAUGUGGUCAGACACUCUUCUGGAGGACCGAAAGAAAGAAAGAAGGCAUGGAGACAGAAGGAGAGUUGAAAGGAAGGAAAAUGAUCAACGACAGAUGGGCAGUUCUUACAGUUACUGCAGGACUGAUGUUUGCCUCGGAUUUCAUUUUUUAUUUUAAUUUGUUGGGUUAUUUUUGGUGUAAUUUCUUUGUGCUCCCAUACGAUCUGUCUUCAUGUAGUUGGGGGACAUCAAAAUAGAUUUCUGUUUUGCCUUAGUGGAGACAUGAAACAUAAUUGCUUUUAAGUUAAGUGCUUCAAAAGAAAAGGGGGUUUGUUCAGUAAAGCUUAAUUUAUUUCUCUUACCUUAAAUAUACGGAUGAUGAUGAUGACGAUGGGGUUAUUGCCGAAAGGUUGCAAAAUAAGCAAUGACGAGCAGCGAUCUACUUUUUAUGCAAGGUCUGUGAGACUGUAAGUUAUGGUUUGAUGCUCAGGGAGGGCAUGUUUGGGCAGUAUGUAUUCAAUAACUGAAAGCCAACAUCGGAGUGUGGGAAUUGGCGGAGUUAGGAUUACAGCGAUAUUGAAGUCCGAACAAGUCCUUUAAUAUCCAAUCAUUUCCAAGCUGCUGCUUUUUCAGAGAAUCUUCUUCAACAAAAAGUCUGCAAAUAGCUUCUAAUCAAAAAUGUCUCUAUGCAAGCCAAAGGUCACUAAUGGGUAGGAUUUACUAAUAUUUAUUUCAGAGUGAUUAUCUUCCAGAGUGAUUUAUUUAUUUUUUUUAAAUCAAGACUGACCUUGAGUGGAAUAAAGUUUUUCGCAAGAAGAAUAAGACUAAAAAAGUAACUAGAUUUAUUUAAUUACAGUAACCAGGUAUUUGAAGUUCAGAUAUGUGACUGUACAUUCCAAAUCAGUUUUAAAAAUGUAAAGACUUUUCAGAAUUUCAGUCACGUAAGAGGCGUCGACAAACAGUAGAAGAAGAACAGAGAUUUUAGGGUACACGUGGAGUUUGAAUGGCUGGAAAAAUGCAGCAAAAGCAAUGCAGUGAUUUUGAAUGUUGAUCUUAAAUCUAGUCUGUGGAUACAGUCUUAGUUUUCUUUAGUUUCAGUCUGUCUGUGGUCACAUUCAGCCGCCACGUUAUUUCUAUUUUCAGAGGCAGUUGAAUAUGGCUGAAUGAGUUUAUUUUUACUGCAUUUUUUUUGUCUUAACCUUUAUAAGAAAGGCACAACAGUUGGACAGAACAUAAAAAGCGUCACACAACAUGCUUUAUCUACAAUGCAUAAUGCUGUUCUGUCCUCAGUGGAACAUAUUAUGUAUAAAAGCACCUUUUUUGGCUCGUGGGAGAAGAGUCUAAAGUAGGAAAGGGUGAUGGAGAAAGAUGCGGUAGGGGAAAAACCUGCUGCCUAACGAUUUUAAAUGUUUGUGAAGCUCCCCUUUUUUAAAAGACCAAUGAUUAGGUUUGUAAUGUUAUAUUUAAACAAAAGCUUGAAAGUAUAUUUGUGUAUUUGUCAGAAACUGCGCAAAGAAUGAAUGAAAGGGUUGAUAUAAUAGUUAUGUGCCGAUUGCAUGUACUCCUUCUGCCUCUCCUCUGUUGCUUAUAGACUUCAGCCAGCUUCGUUGCCUGCAGCAUGGCAAGUUGUGGGAAUACUGUUGGAACUAUCUUUUUUUUUUUUUUUUUUUUUGUGGAUUGGAGAUGUUACAAUCCAAAUGACUCUAAGAUAAUUUCCUUUUUUAAUUUUAAUUACUCAUAUAACGGAGAAGAGAAGAAAAUGUGCAAUGUAAGAAACAUGUUUAUGUGGGGGUAAAAGGUCAGUUUAAAUAAGAUGAUGUGUGAUAAGUCUGCUGUGAGUGCAUUGUGUGAGGAGAAAUAAAGAGUGAACAAUUUCUUA